AUGCCCCCCAAGCGUGGUCCCACCACUCGCGGAACACGACGUGUCGAGACGCCCAGGAGUGCACGUAAGAAGCCUCCGACGGCAUCUGACAGCGUUACUCCUCGUAAAGCCGCAGAUGAAUCUGCUAUUGUAACACCAAUAACUAAUGAAACAGUAGCAGAAGCUAUGGAGAAUAAUUUAAUCUUGUCACCCCCACCUCAAAUCCCAUCACCAGAGGAUGAAACACCGAAUGAAAAUCUUCCUCUUGGAACUACCGCAGCCUUAUCCUUAAGGGAUGAAAUUAUAUGGAGUGAUAAUGAUGAUGAGGAUGAUGAUGAAGGUGAUGAUGAUGAGGAUGUGUUUUUAUUUCCUGAUGCGCAGGAUCUGGCAGGCGAAGAAAAAACCGAAUCUGAAAUUCUUCAUCUUGGUACAACACAGAAAUUGGAUGAGUCCGACAGCAGUGAAGAUGAAGCCACACUUAACCGUGUUGGUGAUAUCCCACUUGAGUGGUAUAAGGAUGAGACUCACUAUGGAUAUGAUAUUGAGGGACGAAAGUUAAUGAAGAGUGAACGAACCGCGUUGGAACGUCUCUUGGAUGCAACAGAUGAUCCAAAUGCGAUGCGUACUAUCUAUGAUGCCUUACAUGAUGAAAAGAAACAAUUGAGUAAUGCUGAUUUACAGAUGAUCUUUAAUCUUCAACGUAAUCGAACACCAAAUGCAAACUAUAAUAUGUACACAGAUGUGGUAACUGAUACAGUUGAGUUUGAUCCCCUUAAUCAUCCUCUGGCUAGAGGUACUGGACCAUCUAAGAAAAAAUUCCUUCCUCCAGAUCAUGACAUGAAGGUUAUCGCAAAGAUGGUACGUCGUCUUAUGAAGGCUGAUAAAGAUAAAUCAGAAGAUAAAGAUCAAAAAAAGAAGGAUGAUGAUAAUACAACAGAUGAGCUUACACUUCUUUGGGAUGACACUAAUGUGGAAAUGGAUACACAUACAAAAUUUAAAUAUCAACAUCGUGUGCCAAAACCAAAGGUUCCACCACCAGGCACGUAUGAAAGUUACCGUCCACCACCAGAGUAUCUUCCAAGUGAAAAGGCAAAAGAACGUUUUGCUCGUCUACGCGCUAUUGACAGAAAGGAACACUUCCUCCCACAAGCUUUUGAUUCUUUACGACAUGUCCCCUUUUAUCAUCAUACUAUUCAAGAUCGUUAUCAGCGUUGUCUUGAUCUCGCCUUCUUUCCACGCGCCCAACGUACACGACUUGUUGUGGAUCCAUCUAAACUUCUUCCUGAUCUUCCAGACCCACGUGAUCUACGACCAUAUCCGGAGCGUCUCUCAUUUCAGUAUAAGGGACACACAGCGACAGUCCGCAGUAUUUCUGUCAGUCCUAAUGGACAAUUUCUCGCGACCGGUUGUGAUGAUCAUUUAGUACGUGUUUAUGAAGUAUUAACAGGUCGUUUGAUGAAGCGUUAUGAUAUGGGAGCACCAGUACAACAGGUUGAGUUCUGUCCAGUAAAAACGCUUAAUAUUUUGGCAGUUGCAGUGGAAUACAGUCUUGUUUUUAUUGUACCAAAGUUCGCUGCCCAUCAUGUGGUGAAUGAACAUACAUUACGUCAUCUUCGAGCUCCUGGUAAUGCGGCAACAGGUACAAAUGGUGAACACGUCUCUGGAGGAGAAGUUUCAUUGGGAGGUGGUGGAAUUGUACAAACUACCAUGGAUAAGGAUGAAUCUGCACAUCGUAUUUUACAAGAUUUACAUGAUACAGAAGAACGUGAGAAACGUGCAGAAUUUGUUGAUGCUUCAGCUCAGGAACGCAGUGCUGGUAUAGUCCUUAAGAUUGCAUUACAUGGAAAGGUAAAGCGUUUUACAUUUCAUGCCCGUGGUGAUUAUCUAUGUGCACUUUGCCCGAAGGAUCAUGUGAAGUACCGUCAAACUGUAAUGUUACAACUAUCCAAGCGGAAGGUAUUCUGUCCCUUCCGUAAAUUCGCAGAGAUAGUUACAGAUUGCAAAUUUCAUCCUCGUGAACCAUUGUUCUUUCUAUCUACAACUAAUUCCGUACGGGUGUAUAAUCUUUUGGCUCAUAAAUUACAACGUCGUUACAAAGCCCCAGGAGGUGUUACCACUUGUUUAUCUGUACACACAGAAGGUGAUAACUUCCUUGUUGGGGAUACCACAAGCCACACACAAUGGUAUGAUUGUGAUUUCUCAGACAAACCAUACAAACGUAUGCGGUCUCACAAGGGUGUGGUUAAUGCCGUGGCGUACCACACAAACACCAACGCCUAUCCUCUCUUCGCAACAGCCGCAUCAGAUGGACAAGUUCACGUAUUUCAUGGUAUGGUAUAUGAUGAUUACAAUAAAAAUCCACUGCUGGUUCCUGUGAAGAUUCUCAAACACCGACGAGCGGUGUACUCCCUCGCAUGGCACCCUACCCUUCCAUGGGUUUUUACUUCAACAGAAGAUGGUAUUGUGUCAGCAUGGACAGAGUGA